AUGUCGGCGGCGAAGACGAGGAACGAAAGCGAAAGCGUGAUCACGGAAGAAUGUGCAGGGGCAAACGAAGGACCGCUAGUGGAGAUUCGUCUGUGGCGCGCGCGACAUAACGACUUGUCAGGUUUGGUGACGCAGCUCUCCGAUCCGAGCAUGGACAUUGUGUUGGACGUGCUGGAACGAUUUGCGGCGAAGCACACUGCUUCUGUCGAUGAAUUUUCGUCUCGCGUGCGCAACGUCGCGUCGGCGUUUAAAACGCUCUUGGGAGAAAUCACACACUUACACAGCGUGAGUGCUGACAACAUCAAGUUUUUGUCCACGCUCGAGAGUCAUUUCAAAGUGUUGAGUGAGGCGCUGUUGCCGGACGUGCUCCGCGCCAUCGCGCCGACGCUUCGCGCACUUCGAAUGGUUUGGGUAAUUUCGCACCACUACAGUGACGACUCUCGAAUGGGUUCCCUAUUAGAACGCCUGUCAGAUGCGCUCAUUCAUCGUGUUCGCGAAUCGGUAAACUACCAGGAACUGUUUGCCCAAGCGUCGAGCGGACUUGGGGCGCACGCCACGUUGCGCGACGUACAACUCUCAAAGUCGAUUAUGGAAUCUUGGAAGAGCGAAUAUUUGAACGCGCGAGAAGAAAUCGAACGUUCAAAUAGGGAUUCAAGGUGGGAGUUUGAUCGCGAACGCUUGUUCAUGAAGUCGGAUUACGUUGCGGACGUUUGUGCGGAAUUCAGCGAAAUGGUUAUCGUAGUGAGUGAUUUCCGCACGUUUCUCAGUCCGCGUCUCAAAGCAGUGACUCUCGAUGCCGACGGCGUGGACGAAAUCUCUGCGCGAGUGGAUGCGCUUUGCCUUACAAUUGAAAUGUCGCAGCUAGACAUCUUCGACUCGGCGAACGCAGCGAGUUGGAAGGCGAUGCACAAGUCUUUCGUGAUGGAAAAGACGCGCAUCGAACGCGCGCUGUGUAACUUCAUCGACGCAUGCUUCAAGAGGUUGCGCAGUAGUGCGGGAGCGUUCGCGCUCGUUCAAGAGCUGAAAAGUACAAUGCACGCGGACGACGACGAAGUACUGUCUGGAUCGACGCGUAUGACACUAAACAGUCAAAUUCUUGGCAAGAUGCAAGACGUCCUUGAGCAAUUUUCUCGCGAGAUCGAUUCGACCCGGCACAUCUUCAACAGUCACCGCCGCUCACCACCGCUCAAUCGCGACCAACCAACCGUAAGUGGAUCGAUUCAUUGGGUAAGAUCACUGUUUUACAAGCUGCGAGUUACCAUGAAAUCGUUCAACGCGUGCGUCGAGGAUCAACGAGGUAUUCGCGACACGCCGGCGGCGCAAGAGGUGAACGCAAAGUUUUUAGCCUUGGCAAAACUUAUCAUGAACUACGAGAAGCAGCGCGUGUUAACUUGGAAAGAAGAAAUAGACUCUACUUUGACAUCAUGCCUUAUGCAACCUAUAUUAUCGAAGAAUGAGAGUGGGGACGACGUGAUUAUGAAUUUCCACCCAGCGCUCACAAGCCUAAUCAAGGAGACUCGAAAUCUGGAACGACUUGGCUUCGACAUCCCAGCAGAGGCGCGUGGCGUGGCAUUGCAAAGCGAAAAAUACAGCGCUUAUAGAUGCACGCUUAGUAAAAUGCUCGCUCAUCGUCGCGACGUACUCGAUUCACUGUCACCACUGGAGCGUCAACUCUUCCGCACGCGCGUGGCGGUACUGAAUAGCGCGUCUCUUCAUCGAGGACUGAAGACGUAUAAUUGGAACUCUUUGGGUAUUCCUGACUUUGUCGCGGCGUACACAACGGAACUUAAGGACUUUACAACUGUUAUAGAUGGCGUGCGAACGCACGCUGGCGAUCUAGAGCGGUCAGUGAAAAAGAUCUCGGUCUCAUCAUUCGUCGAUUGUGAAGCACUGUCAAAAUCCGGCGUUGAGCGCGAAAGCGGCGAACUGUUCGCUCAACUCGCCGCGCAAUGCAGCAAAACGGCUUCGGUAGUGCGAGAGGAAUACGUCAACAUCAUGAAUCUUUUGCUUUGUGUCGAAGAAAUCGUUUUCGGCACACGCACCGGGAAGGUUGUGCAUUUGAGGGAAUACUAUGCCUAUUGGGAGAGCGAGAUUUACGACGCUCUCGUUCUCGCUGCGGAGCGGAACAUUCUUCGAUUAAGGGAGUAUUUUGACAAGUCGCUCCCUUCGAACAUCACUCUGUUUAAACUAAAUAUAACUCUGCGAGCGGGAGAAAUCGUGUGCGAACCGCCGUUGAAAGAGCUCAUUCGAUCCAUUGCAUACGCGGCGAAAUCCAUUGCAAAUGCCGCCUCAGUGCUCGGCCGAUGGAUGGACGGCACUUGUGUGGGGAUGCCCACGCGGCGAGCAACUUCGAGCUCAGAUUUGAGCCUCUCCACUUUACUUGCCAUAGAACUCGACGAUGACGCAUCAAACACGGUGACUCAUGCGUUCAACUUUGGGAAUGAGGUUUCAGCGAACGAACGCGUGUGCGACGCGAUGAGCUCUUUGAGCAACGUCUCACAUCUCUUUGCGGGUGAAAUCCGCCGCCAGAUGGAAGUGUGGAAGCGAUACCAAGCCGUGUGGAAAGACGACAAAGAUCUCGUGAUCGAAAAACAUACGGAAAAUAUGAACGCAUUGAGUCUUCAACGCGCUUUACUUAGAUACGAGGACGUCAUGAAAGCCAUGGAUGAGGACGCGAGCGUGGACAUCGGCGCUGUGCGGGUGCGAGCCGACAAAUUGACCACCCUCAUUAAGAACAAGAGCGCUCAGUGGAUCAAAGACAUCGGUGCCGCGACGUAUCAUGCUGACGUCAAACUCCUGAAUGACCUUUACGAGCACAUGGCGGCAUGCGAGAAUACAUUUUCAGUCGACGCACGUGAUUUCCUCACCAUGAAGAAUCUGGUAAAGACGGUCAGAGAUGUGCGCGAAAACACCGCGACCGAAGUGACGGCAAGUGGAGUGAACGAUCGAUUUGCCGUGAGAAUGAAAUACAGGAUAGAACACGAUCCCUCUGAUCUUGAGCGCGCAUCGGCGACGAUUCCAUCUUUUGAAAAGCUCCGCGCGCGCGCCGAACGUGUUUACGAAGGCAUGACGUUGAAGAUUUCAGACUUCAAGACGGAACUGAAAAGAACGGCGCGCCUAUUUCAGGAGGAAUGUGAUGGCUUCGCGAACAGGCUCAAGGCUGAAGGCCCGACAUGCGCCGAUCUUUUGCUAAAUUUAGACGCCGGCUUCGAAAGUUUUGAGACGUUUAAAGAAGAAAUUCUCGGUAGAUUGGAUGCAUUGGCCGAUAUUAGAGACAGUGAGCGCGUCUUUGGCGUCGAUCAAUGCUCGUUUGAAUCGCUUGAGCAAGCAAAAACUGAUUUGGAUUCCAUGGCAAAGAUAUACGAAUGUCAACGAGCGUAUCGAGGUCAGUUGCGACAAUUUUACGAAACGCUCGUUCCAGAGUUGGUCGUCGCGAACGUGUACGCCUCUGUCGUGGCUUUUGGUCGAACGCAGCUCUCGACGCUUCCGAAGAGUCUUCAUUCGCAUCGCCUCUUUGCGGCUGUCCGGGAAGAAAUUGACGACAUCGAAACUGAUUUGAACCUCAUCGAAAGCUUGAAAGUUGAUGCAAUUCGACCUCGUCACUGGAAGUCUGUGUUUCAGACUGUUGAUUUUGACGACGAAACCGUAAAGAGCGCGCAACUCUCGAUGCGACACUUGAGUGAGAUGAAACUUCACGCGCACGCGCAAAAAAUCAUGGACAUUACAGCGGCGGCAGAGAAGGAGCUAAAAAUUGAAAACGACUUAAUCGCGAUCGAUCGAUCAUGGCGAGAAAUGCGCUUUGAUCUUAGACCUUACUCCAAAGGCAAAAGCAAGAAGCACGCGCAGCCCACGUACGUGCUUUGCGCCGUGGAAGAAAUUACGCUCGCGCUCGAAGACACGGGAUUAACUUUGCAGAGUAUGUCGGCAAGUCGGUAUGCUGAUCCGCUCAUCGAAAGCGUGCGCGAGUGGGAAGGAACGCUCGCAUUAGUGGCCAAUGUUCUACAGGUGUGGAUCGACACGCAGCAACGUUGGAUGUACUUACUCAGCAUUUUUGGUGGCUCAGACGACAUACGCACGCAGCUUCCUGAGGAAGCUGAUCGUUUUGACAACAUCGAUACUGAAAUACGCAAACUCAUGGCGGAAACUGUGAAGACUAAAUUCGUUUUAGACAUGUGCAAAUCCGAAGGGCGCUUAGAAACGCUGAAGAACCUUCGCGAGGAGCUGGAGAUAUGUCAAAAGAGUUUGAGUCAAUAUUUAGACACAAAGCGGGACGCGUUUCCGCGCUUCUUCUUCAUCUCCGACGAGGAGCUGCUUUCAAUUUUAGGUGCUGCCGAUCCGACACUAAUUCAGGAGCACAUGUUGAAGCUGUUUGACAACUGUGCAAAGCUGACGUUUACGUCUGAUAAAGCGUGCGUAGUCGGGAUUACGUCCGCAGAGGGGGAAUCGUUCAAGUUCAAGUCGCCCGUAAAAAUUCAAGGCCCUGUUGAGGAUUGGAUGUCUGCCGUCGAAGAAGAGAUGCGGGCAACCUUACGCGCGUUGUGCAAGUAUGGAGUCGCGCGAUACAUGACGUGCGAUCGUGAAGAAUGGAUAAAAGAACAGCUUGGAAUGAUCACCCUUGUGGGGUCGCAAAUUUGGUGGACCUGGGAAGUGCAAAACGUAUUCAAAUCGAUUCGCUCGGGCGAUAAACUCGCCAUGCGGAAUUACAGCGACAAGCUCUCGUCGCAACUCGAGGUUCUCACGAAAAUGGUUCGAGGCGAGCUUAGCUCGUGCGAACGAAAAAAAGUGAAUACGUUGAUCAUCAUUGACGUCCACGCGCGAGACAUCAUCGACUCUUUCGUUAGAGAUUCUGUUUUAGAUGAGUCAGAUUUUGCGUGGGAGUCGCAACUUCGUUUCAAGUGGGACAAGGCACGCGACGACAUCGUCAUCAAUCAGUGCAGUGGUGAAUUCAGAUAUGGUUACGAGUACAUGGGUUUGAAUGGGCGUCUCGUAAUCACUGGUCUAACUGACCGCUGCUAUAUCACGCUCACUACGGCGCUGACGUAUAGACUCGGCGGUGCCCCGAGCGGGCCCGCGGGCACAGGAAAGACGGAGACCACAAAGGAUUUGGCAAAGUCCAUGGCUUUGCUUUGCGUCGUGUUCAAUUGUGGUGAAGGAUUAGACUACAAAGCUAUGGGGGCCAUUUUUAGUGGUCUUGUGCAGUGCGGCGCGUGGGGAUGCUUCGAUGAGUUCAAUCGCAUUGAGGCUGAGGUGCUGUCCGUCGUCUCAUCGCAAAUUAAGCAGAUUCAAGAAGCGUUGAAGCACAAUUUGUCACGAUUCCAGUUUGAAGGAAAAGAAAUCAAUUGCGACGCACGCACCGGUAUUUUCAUCACUAUGAAUCCUGGGUAUGCGGGUAGAACCGAACUUCCGGAUAACUUGAAGGCUCUGUUCCGCCCCGUUACUAUGAUUGUGCCGGAUUUGGAGCAAAUUUGUGAAAUUAUGCUCUUUAGCGAAGGUUUCAACGCGGCGAAAGCUCUCGCGAAGAAGAUGACGAUACUGUACCGCCUGGCUAAAGAGCAACUUAGCAAAAGAUCGCAUUAUGAUUUCGGUUUACGCGCGCUUAAAUCGGUGCUCGUCAUGGCUGGCGCGCUGAAGCGCGAUGCGCCCGAGCUCGCCGAAGAGGUAGUUCUCAUGCGAGCGUUGAGGGAUAUGAAUCUGCCAAAGUUUGUAUUCGACGAUGUCCCACUCUUUUUGGGUCUGAUCGCCGAUUUAUUCCCUGGACUAGACUGCCCGCGUGUUCGAUAUCCUACUCUCAACGAUGUCAUUGAACAAGACUUGGCCAAGCAUGGCUAUCAAGUGUUGACGCGCCCGGGCGAGCAAGUGGACAAAAUUAUUCAGUUGUAUGAGACUAUGUUGACGAGGCAUACGACGAUGUUAGUCGGCGAGACUGGUGGAGGUAAGUCUGUCAUGCUUGAAACAAUCGCUCGCGCGCAAACUACGAUGGGUCGAAAUACGAAGUUGUACACUCUAAAUCCAAAAGCGCAAACGGUGGCCGAACUCUAUGGCGAAUUGGAUCCGGAUACGCGAGAUUGGACUGAUGGUCUUCUUUCGAAUAUUUUUCGCGAGUGCAACAAACCGAUGGCUAUUGGACGUGAGAACGACUUCAAGUAUAUAGUAUUUGAUGGCGAUGUCGACGCAGUUUGGGUCGAAAAUAUGAAUAGCGUAAUGGACGAUAAUCGCCUACUGACGUUGCCAAACGGUGAGCGGAUUCGUCUUCAAGACCAUUGCAAGCUUUUGUUUGAGGUGGCCGACUUAAAGUAUGCUUCUCCAGCCACUGUAAGUCGUUGCGGAAUGGUGUACGUAGACCCCAAGAAUCUCGGCUUCAAACCGUUCCUCAAGACUUGGUCCGAAGGUGUCGGCGCCAAGCACCGCGAAACGUUAUUGCGUAUGUUUGACAAGUACAUGGAUAGAAUGACGGCAUUUUGCUACGACGGCACAGAACUUGACGGGCGAAUGAUUUCAAUCGUGCGAACGUCGAUCGAUCGACCGGUGAUAUCUGUGGUAAAACAGUUCACCAUUUUGAUGCAAAGCUUUUUGGAAGCUCUCGAUGACUCCACCAGCGACGUGGAGACGAGCCAGGAUGAUGACUACGUUCGGGCGAUCGAAUCGGCUUUUAUCUUCUGCUUAGUGUGGUCAUUCGGUGCGACUAUCGUUGAAACGUCUGGAAACUCUGAUCGUGCGAGAUUCGAUGACUUCGUUAGGCGACUCGCCAAUUUCGGCAACGUUUUGCCGGCGGGCGCGACGUUGUAUGAUUAUGGCUUUGAUAUCACUCGUAACACGUGGUACGAAUGGAAAAGUCUCACCACUCCACUCGAGGUGCCACCAAACACUCCAUUUUCGUCGCUCUUGGUUUCAACCGCGCACACGGUUCGCACAAACUGGUUAAUCGACCUCAUGUGCUCUUGUGACGCGCAUACGCUUCUCACCGGCGAUAGCGGAACAAGUAAAACUGUUGUCGUGAAGAACUAUUUACAAAAGAGAUUGCAAGAUGGAAAGACGAACACGGUGACGAUGAAUUUCAGUUCUCGUACGACCGCAAAUGAUGUGCAUAGCUCGCUCAUGGAUGUGCUGGACAAGCGCACGAAGGACACGGUGGGUCCACCCGUCGGCAAGCGUUUAUUGUGCUUCGUGGACGAUUUGAACAUGCCUGCCGUCGAUAAGUACGGUACGCAACAACCAAUCGCGUUGCUAAAACUCAUGAUUGGCCGUGGAGGCACGUACGACCGCGGACGUGAUUUGAAUUGGCUGCAGAUGAAGGAUAUUCAGUACAUCGCAGCCAUGGGGCAUCCCGGCGGCGCACGAAGCGUUGUGGACCCACGCUUUGUUUCAAUGUUCCAAGUAUUCGAAAUGCAGACCCCGGAUGAGACCAAUCUUAAGGUAAUUUAUGGUUCAAUCAUAACGAAUACGUCAAAAACGCUGGCUCUCAAGCCCGGGACGCACGAACUCGUCGUAGAUAUGACUUUGGAUUUAUAUAAGAGCGUCGUCUCCAAACUUUUGCCGACGCCGAGCCGAUUUCAUUACAUCUUUAACCUUCGCGACUUAAGUCGCUUGUUCGAGGGCAUGUCGAAAGCGACGUCAGCAAAAGUUCGAAACACCCCAGAUUUCUUGCGCCUGUGGCGAAACGAAUCGAUUCGCGUGUUUCACGAUAGGUUGAUUGCGGACAAAGAUCGCGACUUCGUACUGGGAAAAGUAUCGUCACUUAUUCGCCAUGGGUGUACUGAUGACACUUCGCCGAUCACAUCCAACCCGAUUUUAUUCGCCGACUACAGUCCACUAAAACAAAUCGAUGGAAGUGGAUCGUCAGAUGAAGUCGAUCCUUCUAGUCGACUACGCUCGUACGCUGACGUUGGCGAUUACGCCACCAUCAAACCUUGGUUCGAGGACCUCAUCAAUCGUCGUAACGCCAAACUCAGCGAUGGCUCAGCACCGACUAAACUAGUCUUGUUUGAUCAUGCGCUAGAGCAUAUCACGCGUAUUCAUCGCGUACUUCGAACAGAAAAUGGACAUGCGCUUCUCGUCGGCGUCGGCGGAAGCGGCAAACAAUCGCUCGCGCAUCUCGCCGCUGAUAUGGCGGGUUGUGAAGUGUUUGAGAUCACGCUGACGCGUGGCUACAACGAUGAGUCGUUCAGGGAGGACUUGAAAAAGCUAUACAACGUACUUGGGGUGCAAAAUCAUCCCACGAUGUUUCUUUUCACCGACAACCACGUCGUUGAGGAAGGAUUUUUGGAGUUAAUCAACAACAUGCUCACCACGGGUACGGUUCCCGCGUUGUUCGCCGAUGAAGAGAAGGACGCUUUGGUGAAUGCGAUUCGUGACGAUUUGCACGCGAAUAAAAUUUCUGUCACGCGCGAUGAAGGUUGGCGAUACUUUAUUUCGCGUUGCCGAAAGAACUUGCACAUCGUCCUCGCCAUGUCUCCCGUCGGCGAUACGUUGCGUCACCGUUGCAGAAACUUCCCCGGAUUGGUGAACAACACUGUUAUCGACUGGUUCACAGAAUGGCCGAAAGAAGCAUUGCUCGAAGUAAGCACUUCAUUACUCAUAAACGUAGAUUUGCCAGAACAGUUCGCGGAGAAGAUUAACGUGCACGUCGUGCACACGCACUGCUCGGCGAUUGCUCUCAACGAAAAGUUCAAAUCACAGCUGAAGAGACACAACUACGUCACUCCGAAGCAUUAUUUGGACUUUAUCGCCGCCUAUGAAGCAAUGCUUAAGACGCAGCGCGCGUCAAUUGAAACUUCAAUCAAACGUUUGCGUGGUGGUCUCGACAAAUUAAUACAGGCGAGCACCGAAGUGGACGCAAUGCGGACGAAGCUCAACGACGCGCAAAUCGUCGUCACGCAGCAAGCGAAGGAGUGUGAUGCUUUACUAGAUCGCAUCACGAAGCGCACGGCGGAAGUCGAAACUAAAGCAGCUAACGCAACGAGUAAAGAAGAAGAUCUCAUCAAUGAUUCAGCGCGUAUCGCGAAGGAAAAGACGGAAGCUGAGGCAGACUUAGAGGCGGCAAUCCCUGCUCUCGAAGAAGCCGCCGCGGCGUUGAAUAAUCUGAAAAAGGACGAGAUUACCGAAAUCCGAUCGUUUUCUAAGCCAAACAUCGCGGUUCAGCGAGUAUGUGAAUGUGUGAUGAUUCUCAAAGGACUGCCGAACGUCUCGUGGUCUGGAGCGAAAGGCAUGAUGGCAGAUACAAAUUUCUUAAGAUCUCUCGUCGAGUUUGACAAGGAUGGCAUCAAAGAAAAACAGAUGAAAGCCAUUCGCGAGUACACAAAAGACUCAAAAUUCAAGCCCGAUGAAGUGAUGAAGAUUUCGACUGCUGGUGCCGGUCUGCUGAAAUGGGUGUUUGCUAUGAUUAAUUACAACAAAGUUGCUCGCAUGGUGAAUCCAAAGCGCGCCGCCGUCGCAAACGCGGAGAAGACGUUGAAGAUUAAAGAACGCGAAUUGGUUGAAACGAAGUCUGAGUUAAAGAGCUUACAGAUCGAGCUAAAGCAACUCAGCACGCAGUUCGAAGAGAAGAGCGCGCGUCAGCAAGACUUGAAGGAAAGUGCCGAGCUAAUGGCGAACCGUCUCGCCGCCGCCGAACGACUCAUCUCGGGACUGUCGAGCGAAAAGGUCAGAUGGACGAAUGAGAUGCAAGAACUGAAUUCCCGUAAAGAGCGACUUGUUGGCGAUUGUUUGAUCACUUCCGCGUUCUUGUCGUACGCUGGAACGUUUACGUACGAGUUUCGUAAACAAUUCGUUCACGAUCAUCUUGAGAAGAAUUUGCUGGAGCUCGGCAUACCGUUGAGUCAACCAUUCAGACUCCAAGCGUUACUCACAGAUGACAACGAAAUGAAUUCUUGGCUCGCCGAAGGGUUGCCAGGUGAUGAGCUUAGCGUACAAAACGGUAUACUCACCAUGCGCGCCGAGCGAUUCCCGCUGUGUAUCGAUCCGCAGAUGCAAGCGGUAAAGUGGAUCAAAUCUCGCGAGGGCGCGCAGCUCGAAGGUAAGAUUAAACGUCAGACCGACGCAGACUUUUUGAAACAACUCGAGCUCGCCAUUGAAUAUGGUUUACCAUUCUUGAUAGAAAACGUGGGCGAGUACAUUGAUCCCGUUUUGGACCCGGUGCUGAAGAAGAGUUUCUACUACGCUCCAAACGGAGCGAAGAUGAUCAAGCUUGGCGAUUCUGAAGUUGAGUGGGACGACAACUUCCGCCUGUACAUGACGACGAAACUUCCAAAUCCCCAUUACGAUCCAGAUGUGACGGGUAAAACGAUUAUAAUCAACUACUCUGUCACUGAGCUCGGGCUCCAAGAGCAACUUUUGAAUGUCACGGUGAAGCAAGAGCGCCCAGAUCUUGAAACAGAGCGAGAAAAACUCGUCAAGGAAACCGUCGCGAAUCGAGCACUGUUGAAGAAACUCGAAGACACGUUGCUUUAUGAGUUGUCCACCGCACAGGGUGAAAUCGUUGAUAACGUGGAGCUCAUCGAAACACUCGAGAGCGCGAAGACAAAGUCUACAGAGAUUUCUGAAAAGCUCGUGGCGGCGGCGCGUUCGGCGAAAGAGUUAAACAAGGCACAGUCGUGCUACUCUCCCGUAGCAAAGCGCGGCGCGAUACUCUUCUUCGUCAUUUCAGCGCUCUCUAAUCUCAACGCGAUGUACGAGUACUCACUUUCGAGCUUUUUGGAUGUGUUCUGCAACACGCUUCAUGUCACGCCCGUGCGCGAUCAACUGGACGAGCGCUUGAGUGAUCUUGUGGAUAGGUUGACGUACGACGUGUACAAAUUUGCAUGUCUCGGUUUGUUCAAGCGCGAUAAACUCGCGCUUUCGUUUCAAAUGACUACGAGAAUCGAAGACGGUGAUGGACGAUUGAAUGGCAACCUCCUACGAUUCUUCCUCAAGGGCAACGUCACGCUUGACGCCGCCUCCGGGGAUUCGCAACCGCUUCCAUGGUGGUCCGAACGUGGUUGGCAAGAUUUAAUGCAUUUAGACGAGCACAUCGCGGCUAAUGACGACAAGUGCGCAACACUAAACGGAAUCGUCGAUCGAAUCACGUCCAACGCCGAUGCGUGGCGCGCAUGGUACGACUGCGAACAACCCGAAUCCGUAGCGCUUCCAGAUGGUUACUCGGCGUCGCUGUCCAGUUUUGAGCGCCUAUGCUUGUUGCGUUGCGCUCGAUUAGAUCGAGUCACGGUGGCGGUGUCGAACUACAUCACUGAAACCAUGGGUUCAAGAUACGUAACGCCUCCGAUUUCAGACUACGAAAGCAUAUUUAAAUUGUCUUCCGCGCAGACACCUGUGGUGUUCAUUCUCUCCCCUGGCGCAGAUCCGGCGUUUGAUAUUUUUGCGUUGGGAGAAACGAUGGGAUUCAAGGCAGGAGGCAAACUGAAGUUCAUGGCCCUUGGGCAAGGCAUGGGACCUAAAGCCGAGGAACUUAUUCUUACGUGCGCCUCGCGAGGUUUGUGGCUCAUGUUGCAAAACUGUCAUCUUCUCCCCAAAUGGCUGCCGGCGCUCGAAAAAGUCGUCGACGGAUUGGCGAACCCGCACAAAGACUUCCGUUUGUGGCUCACCACCGACCCGAUCAAAACGUUCCCGAUCGGUAUUCUGCAAAAAAGUCUCAAAGUUGUCACAGAACCCCCCGACGGGCUCAAGAUGAACAUGAAGGCGUCGUACGCGAGAUUGUCCGAAGACGUCUUGGGGAGUUGCGCGAACCCUUUCUUUAGAUCUUUAGCGUACGUGCUGGCCUUCUUCCACGCUGCCGUGCAAGAGCGACGAAAGUACGGUAAGCUCGGAUGGAACGUUGCGUAUGAUUUCAACGAAACCGAUUUUCGAAUUUCGUUCAGUUUGAUCAAGACUUAUUGUAACAAAGUUGCCGCCGUGAACACCGGCGGCGGCGGCUCGAGAAUGAUUCCGUGGGCGGCGUUGAAAUAUCUCAUAGGUGAGGCCAUGUACGGUGGACGCGUGAGCGAUCAUUACGAUCGACGUAUCUUGAGCGCGUAUCUGGACGAGUACUUUGGCGAUUUCUUAUUUGAUGGCUUUCACAAGUUCAUGUUUUACGCCGACGAAGAAGCUCGAGUUCGUUAUGAGUUGCCGCCGCCGGAAUCUUCGUACGACGAGCAAUCGCGCGUCAUCGAUGAACUUCCAGACGCGCAGACACCUGAAGUACUCGGGCUUCACGCCAACGCAGACGUCGCACACUCUACACGAGCAGCGAAAGCGUUAUGGUCUAACGUCUUAUCGCUCCAGAGUAAACUCUCCAUUUCGGCUUCGUCGAACGACGAGAGCGCUGGCUCGAGCGAUGGAAACGGCGCCUUGCUCGCCAUCGUCAACGAAAUCUUAAACGUCGUCACGAACGAAGAUUUCGAGUUUGACUUGAUAAAACUCCAGCGUCAGCGCGGAGAUGAAGUUCCAUCGCCGACGACCGUGGUACUCUUCCAGGAGAUUGAGCGUCACAACGCGUUAAAGCUGGUGCUUCGACACUCGUUGCGAGAGCUCGUCAAGGCGCUGAGUGGGGAAAUCGGCAUGUCGCGAGAACUCGACGCCGUCGCGGAUUCACUCUCGCGCGGGCGCUUACCGGAGGAGUGGAAAAGUGUCGCGCCACCGACAGACAAAGACGUACAAUCUUGGAUGACGUGGUACAAGACGCGGGAGAAGCAGUACAAGUCGUGGGCCGUCGACGGCGAACCAAAAGUCAUCUGGCUCAGCGGUUUACACUGCCCGGAAACGUACAUCGCGGCACUCAUUCAAACCGCGUGUCGCUCUCGUGGUUGGCCUUUAGACGCGAGCACGAUGUAUACGGAAGUCACCCCGUACGUUUCCGCGGAUGAAAUCGACGCCAAACCCGAGAUAGGCUGUUACAUCUCGGGUUUAUUUCUCGAAGGCGCGAUUUGGGACGCCGAACGCCGCGUCCUGGCGCAUCCAAGCGACCGCGGCUUGGCGCGCGAGCUCCCCAUCCUGCGUCUCGUCCCGAUAGAACGCACCACGAUGCCCUCUUCUUCCUCCUCCUCAUCGACAACGAACGCUUUCAAAGCGCCCGUGUACUUCACUCAAAGUCGUCGCGACGCCAUGGGUCGCGGUCUCGUCUUCCAAGCCGACUUGGCCUCGAGCGAGCACGCGAGCGCGUGGAUCUUACGCGGCGUCGCGUGCGUCUUAAACAUCGACGCGUGA